ACAGCUCGCGGCCAAUUCCGCCCGCCUCGUUGCUGCUGCUGCUACUCUUCCCUUCCAACUUUCUGAAUCAUGUCCUUCAGCGCUGAUCAGAUUGCUGACUUCAAGGAGGCCUUCCUCCUCUUUGACAGGACCGGCGAAAGCAAGAUCACCCUCAGCCAGGUCGGAGACGUCAUCCGUGCUCUGGGACAGAACCCCACCAAUGCCGAAGUCAAGAAAAUCCUAGGGAACCCCAGCAACGAGGAGAUGAAUGCUAAGAAAAUCGGGUUCGACGAGUUCCUGCCCAUGAUGCAGGCCGCUGCCAACAACAAGGACCAGGGGAGCUUUGAGGACUUCGUUGAGGGUCUGCGUGUCUUCGACAAGGAGGGCAACGGGACGGUGAUGGGUGCUGAGCUCCGUCACGUGCUGGCCACCCUGGGUGAGAAGAUGAAAGAAGAAGAUGUAGAAGAACUGUUGAAAGGGCAGGAAGACUCCAACGGCUGCAUCAAUUAUGAGGCUUUUGUGAGGCACAUCAUGUCUGUCUAAGCAGAUUUCUCAAGACACACACAGUUCGAGCAAGAUGAGAAGAUA